CACAAUGAGCUGGAAAGGCUUAACGAAAGGAGUGACCAGGGCGCCACAAACGUUUAAGCAGAAAUUCAAUAUCGUACGUCCACCCCGUGAGCGCUAUACAAGAGCAGCUUGGGCAAUGCGCCGACUUCCGCGAACGCGCAGGCAUGCGCUAACAAGAGCAUGUGUAGGGCGAGAUCACAAAGGACGCCAUCUAUAUCGAUGCCGAUCGCCGCUUUACCGAGCUCGAGAAGGAGACGAAGAAGCUCCACGAGGAGUCCAAGAAGUACUUCGAGGCUAUCAAUGGUGCGCAUCUCUGAAGCCUCAUUCGUGGGAUCACGUCUAAUACAAACCUCACAGGCAUGCUCACACAUCAGAUCGAGUUCUCGAAAGCCAUCGCCGAAAUCUACAAGCCCAUCUCCGGACGAAUGUCGGACCCCACCUCGUUCCACGAUGAAGGAAACACUGCCGGUAUUGAGGCCUGCGAACAAUACGAGGAGGUUGUAAGAGAACUGCAAGAGACGCUCAAGCCCGAGCUGGAGAUGAUAGAGUCGCGAGUCAUUUCGCCCGCGAACCAGCUGCUCGACAUCAUCAAAGCUGUACGGAAGAUAGGCGCCAAGCGCGACCACAAGCAGCUCGAUUACGACCGUCACCGAACAACCCUCAAGAAGCUGCAAGACAAGAAGGACAAGACCCUGAAGGACGAGAAGGCCAUGUACCGCGCCGAGAACGAUGUUGAGCAGGCCACGCAGGAUUACAACUACUUCAACGAUCUCCUCAAGGACGAGCUGCCGAAGCUGUUCGCGUUGGAACGGGAAUUCAUCCAGCCCCUCUUCCAGUCGUUCUAUUACAUGCAGCUGAACGUCUUCUACACCCUGCACGAGCGCAUGCAACGGCUUGACAUUGGUUAUUUCGACCUGGAACUGGAUAUUGAGGCGGCCUACGAGAAGAAGCGUGGAGACACCCAGGCAGAGGCUGAGAAGCUAUCUGUGGUCAAAUUCAAGACCACGGGUGGACGUACAGGCCCAGGAGGGCGACCCGGGCAGUCCAAGUACGCAACAAAAGCCCUCGAGGCGAAGGCAGGCCGCGCUUCGAUCUCCGAAGAAGCACCACCACCUCCAUACAGCCCUGGCCCCUCUGGCGUGGUCGCAGACGUCAAAUCGCCUACAUUAUCACAAGGCUCAUGGGGCUCUGCAGCGAAGGCAAAGGGCGCGGCACCUCCGCCACCAAAGCCCAAGCCAUCUCGCCUCAGUGGCAUGCCUGCGGCAGAGACAUGUACCGCUCUUUUUGACUUCGAGGCUCAAUCAGAAGGCGAUCUAAGCUUCUUGACCGGCGACACCAUUGAGAUCAUUACACGGACGCAGAACGAGAACGAGUGGUGGACUGGCAAGGUCCGCGGCAAGCAGGGCCAGUUCCCAGGCAACUAUGUGAAGUUGAACUAGGUGUUCAACCGGCGGGACUCGAUGAUGUCCAGAUGAAGAUACCUGUUGUUACUGUUGGUUGCUAUUGACUAGACGGGCCCUUCGAGGUCUGCAUGUUCAUUCUACUAGACACUGCAUUGCUUACACUUCAGACUAAAUAUUAAUACUUCUUAACCUA